AUGCCGAUCACCGCUGCUUCACCAAUAACAAAGCUUUGGGAAGAUUAUGAGCUUUCAGGAGACCAACCAGAUUCUAAAGUACUUACCGGUGUAGUGCAUGAUAUAAUAUGCAACAUUGAGGGUAGUGUUUACCUGGUUUUUGAUGCCCUGGAUGAGUGCCCGGAAGCUACCCACACCAAAGAACGAAGAUCGCUUCUAGCACUUCUUAUGGGUCUGCUUGAGCGACAUAAGGAUAAAGUACAUAUCCUAGCAACUCGCCGGCGCGAAUACGACAUUGAGCAGAAAUUGGCAAAGUCCUCUAAGCUUGAUCUGGAAGCCCACCUGGCGGAGGAUGUUAAGACAUUUGUUUCACAGGUCCAUUGCGGAGGGCCCUCUGAGCAAAUGAAAGCCCAACACCCGUAA